CGCGGCCCGACCCCGCAGGAGCCCCGGGACCGCCCCCGCCGCGGCCGGGCGGGAGGGCAGACCCCGCCCCUGCCGGGGCCGCCUUGGCAACCGCGGGGCGGCAAGAUGGCGGAUGAUCUGGACCGGCUGCUGGACGAGGUGGAGAGGCGGCUGUGCCACCGGCACGGCGGCGGCCAGGAGGACGAGGUGGAGAAGCGGCGGUGCCACCGGCAUGGCAGAGGCGAGGAGGAGCCCGCGGCGGCCAAGGAGGGCAGAUCAGCUAAAGUGUUAAUGAGUGCUGGCAGCAGUGAAGAAGAUCUAGACGACAUUAUUGAUGAAAUCUGUAAUGACAGCAGCUUUACCAAAACACCUCUGAAAUUGAAGUCUAAUUCUUCAAGUCUCACUCCUGAAAGAAAUAGUAUUGUUGUACAGGCACGUGGGAAAAGAUGCUGUCCAGUGUACUUGGGUGGAAGCCUUUCACCAUCUGGGAUAGGAACAAAUAUUUCAAAAAGAGCGUGUGAUCAGCUGCGUUGUACUGCUUGUGACUUCCGUGUGUCACUUUUCAAUGACUACGUCUGGGAUCAGUCCUGUGAUUAUCUUUUUUUCAGGAAUAACAUGCCUGAGCUCAGUAAACUAAGAGCAAAGAUGAUAAAGAAGAAAGGAGCACGUGCCUAUGCUUGUCAGUGCAGCUGGAGAUCCAUUGAUGAAUUAACUGACCUCCAAACAGAGCAGCAGCUUCGGUGGGUUUGUGGUAAACAUGGAGAAUGAAGUCUUCUUGUGUGGGAUACCUACUUGUCUGGAAAUGGCUCUUAAAAUCAAUUUGCUUCCUGUGCAGUUCUCUGAGAACAGGUGGAAAAUUGAAUACUUAGAUCCAGAAAUAGAUUAUAGCAUCUUGAGACUCUUCCUCACAUCUAGCAGAGAGCCUUAUUUCCCAUGUCUGCAGAAUCCUGGAUUCAAAAUGGUGGGUUGGGAAACAACCAUGACACACAAGCAUAUGAAUUUCUGCACAGAAGUGAAUCCUGCUCUUCUGCUUUGCUCAUUGUUGUUAAUGAGCAAGUGGUUGUUUAUCUCUUAAAAAAUUACUGUGGGAUCAGCUCUCAUCCUCAAGGUUUCAGCACACCCCCAAACUGUACUUACUUUUACCCACCAGUAACCAAAACUGCAGGUGCUAAACAUUUUCUUCCAGUUCCUACUCCUUUCUUCAGAGCACUUUCUGUUGACUAAGGACUUCUGCCACAAUGAAUUUCUUGAACUUCUCUUCAGCCCUCACUGCACAAGAGAUGAAAAAAUUACUGUGCAAUUAUUAAAUGUGCAGUUUUUAAAUAUGCAAUUUCAAUGAAAUUCUGAAGGGUAUGUUACUCUUUUUAUCAGUAUUUUUAAGAGAAAAAGGCUCAAGCUUUUAAGAGUGAGAAAAUAUAUAUC